AUGAGCAACGGGCACCCUCCCUCCUCCCACUCCCUCACAACCUCCACGAGACUCACCAAAAGCGACAGAGAGUACAUGAACAUCAAUUUCCUCAACGGUGAAAUCGACACAUCGAGUCUCCCGCUGGCCCCCGGCUCUGGAAUAGAAUACAGACACGAGUACGUCAAUCUCCCCCUGGUGACGUCCGAUUCCGGUACCGGAAUGGAACCCGGGAAAGAACCGGAACGGAAAAUCGGGAACGGGGCGGUCGUCAGGGGAAAGUUGGAGCGAUACAGUGCGACUUUUUGCGAAGGUAAUGACUCACCGCCUCCCUUACCUAUCAAACAGAAGAGAUCCGAUUCCUACGUCCCCGCGUCUCAUGCCACCAUACCAACACGGAAUGGAGUCCCGCCACGAAGAGUGGUGGAGUGCGAGCAGUGUAGCAAUCUAAAGGAGCAGUUGAUGCUGUGGGAGCUGGGGAUGAGUGGGUUGACGCGGCAAUACAGCCAGAUUCUGGCGCAGCUGAACCACGCGAGGGACGCGGCAAUGAUCCUCGAGUGCAAGAUGAAGGAGAACUGGGGGACGGGGAAGAAGGAGGAAGUGGGGAGAAAGUCUGGGGGAGAGAGAGAGGGAAGGGAUAAGGAGAAGAAGGAGGAAGUGGGGAGAAAGUCUGGGGGAGAGAGAGAGGGAAGGGAGAAGGAGAAGGAGAUUGGGUCGAGUUUGCGAGUCGAGAGUGCGGAAGUGAAGGCAGCGAGGAGAAAGACGAUGCUGGAUCCUGUGGACGAGAACAGUAUCGCGCAGUCUCAGACCAUGUCACCGACAAAGACGACCACACUAGCCGACCAAAUGUAUCCCCAGAGAACCGGAGAAGCCACAGAGGGUGGAGGGGGAGGGGGGAGCUCGAAGGGGGUAGCCCCUGGGUCGUUUCCAACUGAUUAUGAUGAAAAAUUAACGGAGUUAUCGACUCGACUCUGUCGAGCCAUCGAUCUUUGCCAGCAACUGGCGGUAGCUUCGUUCAAAACCAACUCUUCCAAUCUACUGAGGAAGAAGAGAGAUCUAUUGGGGAGGAAAACGAGUACGCCCCUCUCGUUAACACCCGAUAUCCCGCGGAAACAGACGACGUCGUCGUGGUGGCGACCGCUGGUGAAGGUUGAGGAAGGGAGAGAGGGAAGUAAAACGAACACGAAACGAGGGGUCCUCACUCGAAUGGAGACAGAACCCGCAAUGAAAAUCAGCAACUCACGGAUCUGCGAAGAAGAAGAAGAUGAAGAAAAAAUGGACGAGCGUGUCUCGUUCAAAGUCCCGCUAUAUCCCGAAAAAGGACAGCCGUCCCGUUCGUCGAUGGCUGGGGACCUGUUUGCUGGCAGGGAGACCCAGCCGGUGAGGAGUCACAUGAUGUCGCUCAUCGCCGCCGAGGAGAAGGGGGCGGGGCAGGUGGGCGAGGCAGGGGCGGAGCCUCAGGUGGUGGUGGUGGGUAGCAGUGGGUCUGAAGAGGGAGACGAGCUAAUGAUGAGUCAGAGCAGCGCCUUCUCAGACACGGACGUGAAACAGGUGAUGACCAAGAUUGCACUACUGGAGGACGAGAGGCUCAAGUUGCUGGAGACCAUUGAUCAGAUGCAGAACGACAAUCAGCGGAGUGAGGCUGUCGCUCCAGGAGACGGUGGGAGAUCUCGGGAGAACAAGGAUCUGCAGUUGACUCUGGCCAUGCAGGAUCUGACCAUCGCCACCGACGAGAUCAGGAUGGUGGCUCGUCUUCGGUCACAGCUGGACAACAUGGAGAGAGAGAGACAGGAAACGCUAGAGAAACUAAACAGCCUGGAGGACGAGAGUGCGGCGGUGAAGGUCUCCCUCAUCCAGCUGCUACAGGAGAAGUCCGCCACCAACAAGACACUGGCUCUGGAGAACUGGAGACUCAGACAAGCUGUAAAACAAGGAGACUCACUACCCAGAACCAACUCUAGGUCUGGUGCAAAAGACGAACCGCCACUCAACUACCUGAAGGAUGAAGACCUGACAAACUACGUCCACAAACAGGGAUUUCUCGUCAAACAGGGCAGACGAGUCAAGAACUGGAAACGCCGGUUGUUUGUCCUGGAUUCAACCGGACUGUCCUAUUACAAGACGGAGCAGCCGGUCCAGAGAGUCAGUCUGUGUGACAUUCAGCAGAUUCAGGUCUCCGCGCAACCAGUGUUCUUUUUACCAACUGGUGCCAAUACUGUCCUACCUCACAUGUUCGAAGUCCACACCCCCGAACGAACCUUCCUUCUCUCCGCCCCCUCCGAAGACGAAAUGCAAUCCUGGGUCGGAAUGCUUCAGACUCUCAAGCAGUUCGCUAGAAUCCGAGCGCGCAGAUUCGUGGACGAUACCUAAAAGAAAACAAAACCCAACUACGCCCCAAUGGUUAUCAAAUGCUGUUCUCCACCAAAUCUUAGUAAAGAACAGUUUAGCGGUCGCGGAAGGAAGGGGAGGAGGAGGGAAAGAGGGGCCAAGUACGACGCAGUCGGUGACAACAGGGUUAACGGUGAGAGGUUCGGAGGAGGGCGGGACAGUGGGUGUGGCUUCAGGUGAAGGGGAACCCCUGUCAUGAGGAGAGAGAGGGAGGAAGAUAUGGAGUUUCGCCGACCGCGCAGCCAGGCGAUAAUGAUAAUGAAGGAGUUGUCUACUGGACGAAGCCAUGCCAGACUCUACCAGACCUCAUUCCGUUAUGCUGCCCUCCGUCCCUGGUCUGGAAUGGGGAUUUGUGGGAGGGACUGAGACCAUUCCGGAACACCCCUCUCUUGAAUCCAGUGUCACCUACAACAGAGUUCUGUCCCAGUCUCAUCCCGGUACUGGCAGCUCCAUUCCUGGCAUCACCUUGGAAACAUGACCACACCCACUCUCUUUUAAUUAUCAUUACAUCAUAAUUAUAGUUGUCACGUCAUUUGUGUUUAAAACACCCUGACAAGAAGUUUUCUAAUUAUUGUUUUUGUGUCAAGCAAAAGUCAAAAAAUCAUUAUAAUUAUAAUAAAUACACAGGUUCUCUGUUACUAUGUUUGGUCUUUCAAGCCUAAUAUAAUUAUAAUACCUGUGCAUCUGUAUGUACACACGUUAUUAGAAAAAGUCCCUAAACUUGGGACUGAAGUAUAUAGCAGCAGUAUAUAGCACUACCUAUUUCUGGUGACAUAAUGUUACGUAAGUGUUCGGUUGGGUGGUCACACUGAAAUGGAGCCAUCUCUGAAAUCAGUCUUCCCAAUCAGGCAGUUGAUGAGGACCGGCUUCUUCUCCUCCCGAGACACCUCCUGCGCUCGAUGGAGGGUCUCUUUUAUCGCCGCGUCAUCCGAGUCUCGAUCCAGAAGGAAACCACGCCCACCGAAUCCCUCGGCAACCGUCUCGUAGCUACGGUAGUCAAGGAGACAGGCCACGUUGGAUUUGAACAUCGGGACUUGCUCGCGGGCGAUUUGAGUCCAGCAAGCAUCGUUUCCAACCAACGCAACGACGGGGAGAUUAAACCUCGCGAAAGUGUCGAAUUCUGGUACGCUAAAACCGAGCGCGCCAUCUCCGUAUAUUAUCCACACGUCCGAAUCAGGUCGGCACAGCUUGGCACCCAGAGCAAAGCCUCCUCCAACGCGAGAGUUCCGUAGGGCCCCGGAUCGAGCCAGCAAAGUGGGCCACGAGGUCGGAGAAUGUACGCCGCACUUCCGACGAAAUCCCCACCAUCUGCGAUUAUGACGCUGUUUUCGCUCAUAACCUCCUCUGUUAGGUACAGAACGUUGAGGGGGUUCAGAUGCUCUUGGGGGAGGUUGCGGGAUUUCUUGCGGUUCUCCGCUUCUUUUUCAAAGUCGCGAGAUUUGAGCGUCGAAAGCCACUCGCUCGGGCAGCUGAACCUGGUCAGGGCCUGCGAUAGUGCGAGAAUAAAGCAUCCCGGGUCACCGUGAACGCUCUUUCGCACUUUGAAGAAAACGUCCGUGUUCAUGGUAAGGUUGGAUUUCGAUCGGUUCACCAUAACGACUUGGCUCGAGCGCUUGAAGACUCGACCGUAGCUGAGACGAAAGUCUGCCACUGCGCCAGCGCAGACAACGACGUCGGCCUCUUUGAGAGCGUCUUUUCUCCGCUGUCGAAUGUGGAGGGCGCUGUUCCGUCCCAGCAGACCGCGAGCCAUUCCACCAAGGAAACACGGAAUCCCCAUCGCUUCUAGUGCCGCCUUCACGUUCUGGGCUUUUGUCGGCGGUAGAGUCACCUGACUUCCCAGAAGGAAAACCGGUUUCUGGGACCCGCGGAGCAGGUUUGCUACCUCGGUGAUGUCGUUGGGGGUGUGUCGGGGGAAGUGGGGGAUAAUGGGGGUAAGGCUCUGGUCGACCCAGGCGUCGGCAAACAAUCGAUUGAGAUAAUUCUCCAGAUACCAGUUGGUGAUUUUCUGACCGAAAGACUUGGCUGGAGAUUUCGGAAACAGUCCAUCGCUGACUAGCUUGUACGGAUAGAGAACGUCUAUGGGCAGCUCCAGAAACACGGGUCCGGGCACGCCGCUCUGGGCCUCGUAGAUGGCCUUACGCAACGCGGGGACAAUAUCCCGGACCCGCGUUACGGUGGCGACGUGUUUGCAGAGCGUCUUGCAGAGGGACAGCUGGUCGAUGUCUUGGAGAGCUCCGCGACCUUUUAGUGCGUUAGCAGACGCUCCUCCGAGCAGGAGAACGGGUGAUUCGGCCAUCUUGGCGUUCUGGAGAGCCGUCACGGUGUUGGUGACGCCGGGCCCUGCCGUAACGCAAGCCACACCGAUCACGCCGGAGAGACGCGACACGGCAUCAGCGGCAAACGCGGCGUUCCCCUCGAACCUCGUGUCCACCACUCGAAUCCCUUCUUUCUCGCAGGCGACAAGGACGGGGGAAAUGUGCCCCCCGCACAGCGUAAAGACGAACUUGACCCCGUGUGCCCUGAGUACGGCGGCCACCAGCUCCCCCCCGUGUCUCUCCGAGUCCUUCUCCACCUUCCUGAAGAGGAGACCGAGCAGCUCGAACCGCUGGACGAGGAAGGCAAUGGUCGUGGCUAGCAGAGCGACUCCCACACCCAGGAACCCUGUCCAAGAGAUCUCCGGGAGAUACUCCGCAACGUCCUCCAACUGCAUCGCUCCCGGGACUAGACGCUUCUCUCUAGUCUUUGCUUCAAGAUCGA